AUGUCGCUCCCUCUCGCCGCGUCGGCGUCGACCCGCGCAUCCGGCGCGUCCGCCUCUCGCCCCCGCGCCCCGGCGACCGCCCCGGCGACCGCCCAUCGUCCCGCCCGCGCCCGCGGUGGUCGUCCGAGUCAGAAACUUCAACAUCCGAAUCACAUCGCGUCUCGUCGCAGGGGCUCGACGACGAGACGCGCGGCCAUCGCCGCCGACACGGCGGAGAGCGACGCAGCGGACGGCGUCGUUCCCGCGUUCGGCGAGGGAAGCCCGGCGUGGCCGCUCGUGCACGCCGACCUGAAGUCCGGCAAGUUCGGCAAAGUCCGAACCGUCUCCGUCGCCGACGCGAAGGAUCUCAUGGCGCGAGGCGCGUCGCUCGCCGACGUGAGGCCCCGCAUCGAGUUCGAGGAGUUCCGCGCCGGCGUCGACGGGGACGACUCACUCGACGUCCGCAACGUCCCGUACAUGGUGCCGCACAGGAGCGUCGCCAAGCGGUGGCAGGGUUACUUGCUGUGCACCAAAGACGGGCUAAAGGAACGCGACUGGAGAUUCACCCGGUCGUUCGCGGAGCGCUUCCCCGACAAGUCCGCGCCCAUCGUCGUGGGAUGCAAAACCGGCGGCGAUAUCGGCAUGGAGCCCAUACGGAUCGAGACGGACCCGAGCACGGGUCGGGCGAGGCAGGUCAUACCGGAGGGGAGCAGCCAGUACGGCGACAGGAGCAAGAGCAAUUCGCUGAUGGCGAUUUACGAGUUACAGCAGGCGGGAUACACGAACCUGUACCACCUGGACGGCGGCGUGACCAAGUGGUGCGUGGACGGCGAGCGGCACCAGGGUGAUCCCUACAAGUUUUACUUCCACCCGACGAUCCUGCCCGGCAUCCUGUUCCAGCUCAUCAUGGUGGAGGGCAUCGUGGUUCGGUCAAACAUGGCUUACGUGAAGAAGUUUCACCCGGAGAGCUACGACCAGAUCAACGACACUAACGCGCUGUACGGGAUCAUAAACGACCUCAUCGCGAACUCGCCCAUCAACUGGAUGUUCGAUUACUACAGCUGAGGGGCGCGAGAGGAGGGGACGUGUGCUCGUAGUGGACUUGUAGUGGACAGACGUAAACGUUA